AUGGCAAGCGAAGCAGAAGAGUUGAGGCUACUCUUCGCUGGAAGCCCCACUGGGAGUGAGGAUACUCUCAGUGCCAAAACCAAGAAGGAACGCUUCAAGGAGCAGAGUUGGGACUCACUGAAGUCGAGUCCCUAUUACGAGAUUAUGCGGGAGCACAGGGACGUGCUCCUGGACGAGAUCCCUGCGGAGCUUCCGCAGGACAAGGAAAUACAGCACGAGAUUGAUCUCGUGCCGGGAACGAAGUAUUGCGUGACGCGGCAGUGGCCACUGCCGGGGGACCAAGUGAAGGCAAUCGACGACUUCUUCGAAAGGCGUCGCAAGGCAGGACAAUUGAACGAUGAGACGAUACCGGCACAGACGCCAAUACCUCGAAAAGAUGUCAUCAUCGAUGCGAUGUCCAAGAGCACCAUCUACAGUGCUCUUGAUCUGAGAGACGGGUUCUAUAAGAUCCUUAUGCGUGAGAGCGAUAUCACUCUCAUGGCGGUAAGUACUCCAAGCGGUAUGCUUUGGGUGUGGCUGGUAAUGCCGCAAGGACUGAAGAACGCCCUUUGGGUGUGGCUGGUAAUGCCGCAAGGACUGAAGAACGCCCCUACGACCUUCAAUAGAUGCGUGACGCACCUAUUGCGCUCGAUGCGCGACUUCGCACCGAGCUACUUCGACGAUGUAUUCGUUCACAGCCUGGCUGUGAACGAGAAGACGGACGUCGAGAUGCCCAAGGAGCAUCUCCGGGAACUGCUUGGGCUCAUGCGCAAGCACAAGCUCUAUGCGAACCUGAAGAAGUGCAUCUUCGGUGCGAGCGAGAUACCCGUGCUCGGGUGUCUCGUUGGGAAACAUCGCAUACGCCCUGACCCCGAGAAGGUCUGA